AUGGCCACAGAUCCGACGUCUCCUCCGCAGUCCGAUGGUCAAUCAAAGGCGACUUCCAAGAGGAGUAGAACAACGACACGACUGAGAACAUUGACAUUAAGAACCGUGGAUCAGCCCAGACCGGCUGUUUAUGUGGAUCCCGCUACCGGGAGAGCAUCCGGACCGAUGCGUGAAAAGUUCCACAGCUACCUAGGCGUAGUGGCGCGAGAAAAGGUUCCCAUUAUCCACAAUAAUUGGAAAGACGUACCUGAAACGCUAAAGGAGAUUGUGUGGAAUGACAUUCUAGAUGCCUUGAGGGUGUAUUCUGAUUUGGGGUUCAGCCGCAACUUGAUGGACUUCAUGGUUACCACUAAGGAGCCUGAAUUUCUUAGAGAUGUUGAUGGGACGGAACAUAGUUCUAAUUCAGCUGAACAAGCAAAGUUUGAUAUCGCAGAAGCUACGAAGGUGAAGACGAAGGUUAUGUCAACAGUAGCGACAAGAUGGCGGCAAUUUAAGUCCACAUUGACUAGCAAAUUUGUGUUUGCUAAGACUGAAGGUCAACAAACACAGGAUGUUGUGACAAAAUAUGGACUAGAUCCUGAAGCGUGGAAACAAUUUGAAGAAACCCGCCUGACACCUAACUGGGAGGGUAUUAGGAAACGAGCACAAUCAAUUCAAAAACACAACGACUGCCCUCACGUACUUUCACGUGGGGGAUAUGAUUUGCUUGAGAAGAAAUUGUUAGACCAGAAACGAAAAAGGAUACAAGAGGAAGCAUUGUUGAGUGAAAAUCCAGCAAGUGUUGAUGAACCCCCAUCCCCAAUAAAAAGGCAUGUUAAGUGGAAGGUUGCUCGGACCAGGGCUGUUGGCAAUAUGACAUCUGACUCUGCACAGGAAAUUGCAGAUAAAAUAGACUCCUUAGAAGAGCAGGUAACGCAGGGUUCGUUUGUACCCCAUGGUCGGCAAGACAUACUGAACACUGCCAUUGGACGACCUGACCAUGGGGGUCGCGUUCGGGCAGCAGGCUCAGGUGUCACUAUUACUCAGUACUACGGAAGGGCAUCAAGGACAUGCAGCAGCUCGUCCACGUCCAUCAGCCAACAACAACUAGAUGAAGUUGUUGCAAGGCUUAGGGAAGACAUGACUGGCCAGAUUAGGGAAGAAUUGAGGACUUAA